AGUCCAUCCGACUUGAUUCCGUGCAUCGCAGUGGAUGAACCUACCUACAAUGCGCUUCCUCCUCCUCCCCGUACUCCUCCUCCUGCUCAGCGCAUCCACCGCAACCGCCAAACUCGCCCCAACAUGCUUCAAAGUCGUCGCCGCACUCGUCAGCCGACCAGGCGACUUGUACGAGAGAUUCCAGCGCGAAAUCUGCGACAAGGGCUGCCAGCCGACCGUCCCACACUGGGACCUGUGGACGCGCAACAACACCUUCCUACCGGCCGUCCGCAGCGUGAUGAAGCGGUUGGAUGUACCGCGACAGGAAGAAGCGAUGGUGCGAUUGGGCGACGAUGCAGCGAAGAUCAUCAAACAGCGGUGCGGUCCGAUGCUUGAGGGCAAACAUAUCUGUUCCGACCCGGAGACGCUGGCGGCGUUUGGCAAUUGCUUCAAGAAGACCUUUGUGCGGUCGGCUAUUACGAAUCUACCGGCGCUGUUGCCCAUGGUGUCUGAAGCGCUGUGUCAAGAGCAAUACGCAUAUCUCAAGGAUGAUCAGUUGUGGGAGGAAACGAUUCCGAAUAAUAUGAGAGAGUACGCGGCUGUUUGUCGGGAUUUGGGGAAUACGGGGAAUACGGGGAACACGGAGAGUGUACAAGGGCAAUUGGAUGAGGGGAGUUAUGACAAUGAUGAAUUAUAGUCUCAGGGU